UCGGCGGCGAGGGGCGGGAGCAGCCGUGUGGCGGAGCCGGAGCGGGCCCGGGGCCCGGCGGGGCGGGCGGAGCGGCCGAAGCGGAGCGGCCCCGGCCCCGCCAUGGAGGACGGAGUUUACGUUCCCCCGGAUCUGACGCCGGAAGAGCGGCGGGAGCUGGAAUCCAUCCGGCGCCGGAAGCAGGAGCUGCUGGGGGAGAUCCAACGGCUCCGCGACGAACUCAGCGAGGCCAUCAGCGAGGUCGAGGGGCUCGAGGCCAACGAGGGCAGCAAAACGCUGCAGAGGAACCGGAAAAUGGGGAUGGGACGGAAGAAAUUCAACAUGGAUCCCAAAAAGGGGAUCCAGUUCCUGGUGGAGCAGGAGCUGCUCCGGCACACGGCCGAGGACAUCGCUCGGUUCCUCUACAAGGGGGAGGGGCUGAACAAAACGGCCAUCGGGGAUUACCUGGGAGAGAGGGAGGAGUUUAACCUGGGUGUUCUCCACGCCUUCGUGGACCUGCACGAGUUCACCGACCUGAACCUGGUACAGGCGCUGAGGCAGUUCCUGUGGAGUUUCCGGCUGCCGGGGGAGGCGCAGAAGAUCGAUCGGAUGAUGGAGGCGUUCGCACAACGUUACUGCCUCUGCAACCCCGGGGUGUUCACCUGUACAGACACCUGUUACGUGCUGUCCUUCGCGGUGAUCAUGCUCAACACCAGCCUGCACAACCCCAACGUUCGGGACAAGCCCUCGGCCGAGCGCUUCGUGGCCAUGAACCGCGGCAUCAACGACGGCGGCGACCUGCCCGAGGAGCUGCUCAGGAACCUCUACGAGAGCAUCCGCUCGGAGCCCUUCAAGAUCCCCGAAGACGACGGCAACGACCUCACCCACACCUUCUUCAACCCCGACCGCGAGGGUUGGCUCCUGAAGCUGGGAGGCGGGCGGGUGAAGACGUGGAAGCGCCGCUGGUUCAUCCUCACCGACAACUGCCUCUACUACUUCGAGUACACCACGGACAAGGAGCCGCGCGGGAUCAUCCCCCUGGAGAACCUGAGCAUCCGCGAGGUCGAGGAUCCCCGCAAGCCGCACUGUUUCGAGCUCUACAUCCCCAACAACAAGGGCCAGCUGAUCAAGGCGUGUAAGACGGAGGCGGACGGGCGCGUGGUGGAGGGGAACCACGUCGUUUAUCGCAUCUCCGCCCCCAGCCGCGAGCAGAAGGACGAGUGGAUCAAAUCCAUCCAGGCUGCCGUGAGCGUGGAUCCGUUCUACGAGAUGCUGGCGGCGCGGAAAAAGCGAAUUUCCGUCAAGAAAAAGCCGGAAAAUCCCUAAAAAAACUCGGAAAAGGGGGCGGGACCCCCGGAAUUCCCACCCAAAACCUCCCAGAAUUCCCAAAAUUUGGGGAAUUCCCAAAAAAAAUUCCUCCCCCACCCCCCCUCGGGACUGGGAGAGGAUGAGGAAGCAGCGGGAGCUUCCGGAAUCGGCGCCGGAUUCCCCGGAAUUCCCAAAAAUUCCCCCCCGGGAGCCCCAGAAUUCCCAAAAAUCCCCUUGGGAAUCCCAAAAAUUCCCAAAAUUCCCUUUGGGAGCCCCAAAAUUCCCUCUGGGAAUCCCAAAAAUUCCCCCUGGGAGCCCCAGGAUUCCCAAAAUUCUCCUUGGGAAUUCCAAAAAUUCCCAAAAUUCCCCCUGGGAAUCCAAAAAAAUCCCAAAAUUCCCCCUGGGAAUCCCAAAAAUUCCCAAAUUUUCCCUUGGGAAUCCCAAAAAUUCCCAAAUUUCCCCUUGGGAAUCCCAAAAAUUCCCAGAUUUCCCUCUGGGAUUCCCAAAUUUUCCCCCUGGGAUUCCCCAAAUUCCCAAAAUUCCCCUUGGGAAUCCCGAAAAUUCCCAAAAUUUCCCUUGGGAAUCCCAGAAAUUCCCAAAAUUCCCCCCUGGAAUUCCCAGAAUUCCCAGAUUUCCCCCCAGAAUUCCCAAAUUUCCCCCCGGAAUUCCCAAAAUUCCCAAAUUUCCCCUCCCAUUUUGGGGCUCCCGGGGGCUCCC